AGCUCAAAUGGGACUCUGAAAAACGACACGGUAAAUAGUGAAUCUGACACGGGAAAAAAAUGAAAGGCUAAAACCAGAUUCCUCCAAAAUUUAGCAGACACCCGUUCUUUCUUAACCAUCCAAUUGUUUCAGAUUCUCCAUUAAAGCUCCUUCUUUUUGCCUUGCUUUCCCCAAAGUUCACACCUUUGUUAACUGCCCCUGUUGAUACUUAUGGUCUUUUUUCUGGGUUUUGUGAACUUCUUCUUCUCUUUUAGAUCAUAAAACUGAGCCUAUUCCAACUUGGGUGUAAGAGUCUAAAUACGGGUAUUUAUCCGGCCUAUAUAAUGCUGGGUGAAGACAUUAAUGAUUCUGAAGGGGAGAUUAAGGUGAGUUUCGGCUAUCAAUGCAACGGUGGCGGCGAUGGUAUUCCAAGUGGGGCUGUGAAAGGGGUCGAGUCCAGAAGUGACAUACCGAGGAACGGUAGUUUCUCGUGUUUGUCUGGUGCUGCCUUAAGUGCCAAUGCUACAUUGGCCAACACAAAUAUCUGCAAUGGUCUAAUAGGAUCUGAUAUUCUUCCUAGUCUAGAUUCCCCUAACUCAUUUCGUAGGGUUCUGUCUUCUCCAUCUCUUUCGAGAUUGGAUAUAUUAUCAUCUUCCCUACAAAGCAGUAUGUCGAAUUUAAGUUGUAGUCCACCGAGUCCAGUCGGUUCAUACGAAACUGAUUCGUAUAUGUUGAAAACCAUGAGUGUUCCCACUAGAAGUGAUAGUUUCCUUAAUGCUGUUGAAGUUCAAGUGGCGGGUGGAGCUGCAGGUGAAGAUCGGGUUCAAGCUGUUUGUUCCGAAGAGAACGAAUGGCUUUUUUGUGCUAUCUAUGAUGGCUUCAACGGGAGGGAUGCUGCUGAUUUUCUCGCUGGGACGUUAUACGAGACCAUAAUGUUUAACUUCAAUUUACUCGACUCAGAAUCAAAGCAGUAUGUUCCCAGUAUCGACUCUGCAAGUGAUGAAAGCUCGUAUUCGGAAAUGGAAGUGUCUUCUCGUUCAUUUAGGAAUGGAGUACUUGAUAUCCUUCAUCGAGCUUUAAGUCAAGCCGAGAAUGAUUUCUUGUACAUGGUAGAACAGGAAAUGGAAGACCGUCCCGAUUUAGUUUCAGUAGGAUCUUGUGUUUUGGUUAUGCUUCUUCAUGGAAAUAAUUUGUACACGCUCAAUUUAGGUGACAGUCGAGCUGUAUUGGCAACAUUUGAUGAAGGAAACGACAUGGAUCAGUCUGGAAGAUUAAAAGCUAUUCAGCUCACUGAUAGUCAUACCGUCGAUAACGAACUUGAAAGAACUAGACUCUUGAGUGAGCAUCCUGAUGACUCGAUGCCCGUAAUUGCUGGAAAAGUGAAAGGAAAAUUGAAGGUCACUCGUGCUUUCGGAGUCGGUUACUUGAAAAAGAAGAAACUGAAUGAUGCAUUGAUGGGAAUUCUUCGAGUUCGAAACCUCAUUAGCCCCCCAUAUAUCUCCACCGAACCAUCACUAAACGUGCACGAAAUAUCGAAAUCCGACCACUUCGUAAUAAUUGGCAGCGAUGGUUUAUUCGACUUCUUAAGCAACGAAGAAGCAGUGAAGCUCGUCCAUUCUUACAUCUCGAGCAAUCCUUCUGGAGAUCCUGCAAAAUUUCUCGUGGAACAGCUUGUAAUAAAAGCGGCUCAUUCUGCAGGUUUCAGUAAGGGAGAAUUGUUGAACAUUCCGGCUGGUAGGAGGAGGAAAUACCACGACGAUGUUACCGUUAUCGUGAUUAUUCUCGGAACGAAUCAUCGAACUUCGAAAGCAUCAACCUGUAUUUGAAUCUUAUGUAUUUCAUUCAGCAACCCUAAAUCAUUGUAUAUAUAAGCUUAAAUUCAGAUAAUUUUCAUCUUGAUUUGUUGUAAAACAAAUUUUGUGUCACUUAAAAUCAUGCAUUAGUCUUUGGUGUAUGUUUACAACAGUGUGAUACAGCUAUGCUCGUAAUUUAAUUUACUUGGAUUUGAUUA